ACGGCAAUUAAUCUGCAACAACACGACGUCGAAGCCUAAUUCUGAUAAAGAGAUGGCCCUACAGGGCUGGGCCUCAUUUGAGACAUCAAAGUCAGUUGGCAUUCGGCUCCAAGCCGCCGGACAAGAAUAUUUGUUACGAUUUUGAUCCUCCGUACGUAAUAGGCUACAUCGUAUUUCCCUCCGCGGCCUCCCACAAGGCGAAGCACCGCCAGGUCUGGGUCGCUAGCUCAGCUUCAACAUGGGGCAUUGACCACAGCAGCGCGUGAGCUGAAGCUGAAGUUAUGGGGUUCCUUAGCCAAGCUGAUUCUGCGCUUCGCAUUGCUCUUCAACCGUGAUCCUCUGCGUGGGAAACUUCCUGGUUAUCUGGUCAGCUAAACGCCAUGUCGUUUCCGAUCCGGCCAUUCCUGCGGCUUGCCGUGCUCGCCGCAGCUGUGCUCGCCGCUACCGACUCGGACGUCGUCGACGAGGACGCAUGCAGCUGCUACCUCACCAACGGAACUGUCCCGGCCUACUACUCAGAGCAUGCGUUCUUCGACUUCCGGGACCUCGGGGACUACGCCGGCGUGCCGGAUCCCAUCCGGAACGAGAGCCGGGCGGUAAAGGCGUCUACCACCAGCAAGUACUUUGACAGCGACGACUGGGACAGCGCAUGGGGCAUCCAGUAUUGGAGCAACCGCAACAGCGGCGGCGUCAGUCUCUCGGGGGACGCGUCGGUGUUGAUGGUCAACUCGGCCAACAACGUCUACAUUGAGAAAAAUGACGACGCCGAUGCCGCGUCCAACACGUUCCUGACCCUGCGGACGAUGCGCCUCCCGGGCUUCCAGAGCGCCGCCGAGUUCGAGUCCAUCGACUCGUACCAGUACCUAUCCAUCCGCAUGCUCGCCCGCGUCACAGGCAGCCCGGGUGCCUGCAUGGCCCUCUUCACGUACUACCCUGCCGAUAAACUGGCAGACAUCCAAGAGGCCGACAUUGAGAUCCUGACGCGCGACCCCAAGGACCGCAUCCAGUACACCAACCAGCCGUCCUACACCGACGACGGCGACGAGAUUCCCCAGGCCACCCGCAACGGCAGCUUGCCGGACGGCCGCGGCUGGGACGACUGGCUGGUGCACCGGCUGGACUGGACGCCCGAACGCUCGGUGUGGUACGUGGACGGCGAGGAGGUGGCCAACAUCAAGUACCAGACACCCAAGGACCCGGCGCUGAUCAUCCUCAACGCGUGGAGUGACGGCGGCUCGUGGAGCGGCAACAUGAGCCUCCACGGCGCCGCGUACAUGCAGAUCCAGUGGCUCGAGAUGGUGUACAACGCGAGCGACACGACCUAUGGCGACAAGCGGAAGCGCAGUGCCGACCAGCGGCCGUCACGGAGAGACGUGGGCCCAGGGGGGAAGCUGGUGCGCCGCGAGAGCGACCCGGACGCUGCGUGCAAGGUGGUGUGUAGCAUCGACGAGACGGACAAGGCCGGCACAAGCAAAAUGCUGUGGAACAGCACGGCAUCACGGGUGUUUACAGACGGGAGCAUGGUAGGGGGGGUGGGAUCGCUGGUGACCUGGGUCAUGAGUGUUGUGGCUCUUCUUUGCUUUGGGUUUGUAUAA